AUGGACAUUCGUGAGGCAAAUCUCACCGAGGUUCCCGCCGUAUUGAUUUCUGAUGACGAUGCACAGAUGUAUGAGGUAACUUUGCACAGCGAAGACAAUGUGGCUUCAUCAGCUGAAAAUAUGGAGGUUGAUUGUACAUGCUGGCAGACAAAAUCCAGCAGCACUGAGAAUAUGUUCCAAUCUCCCUGCUCCUCAAAAAAUUGUGUCUAUGCUUACAUUAAUUCCGGUCAAAAGUCCUUUGAACAAUUCAAAAUCCAGCUUGGUAACGUCAACAAAUUUGUCACCGUCAAGGUGAUGAAGAAAUUUCUUCUGUCUCAGGGCCUGGAGACAUCAAAGAUCAAGCCAGUUGGCCGGGGACUCUUCUUUAUAACCUUCCGGUCCGCGAAAGAUCGAGAUAAGGCCGUUAAACUACUGGAUGGAUAUGUAUUUAAAGGCAGACGUCUUGAGGCCAGGGUGACUAAACCUGCUGCUGAUCCAUUUUUGUUGAGACGUGCACAAGGCAAUCCAAAAGCCAGCGUAGAAGACGUUGAUGGUGCACCAACUGAUUUGGAAAUACGGAGAUUUGAGGAGGAAGAAACUGACGAUUUAUCUGAGGCAGUCGACCCGAUUCUCAGCGUCGCACCCCUGUAUCAGAUGACGUACGACCCCGAUCAGUUGAACACGAAGCAAAGUAGCGCUCUGGAAUGUUUGAAACAAAUUAGAACUGCUGUUGGAAAGAUCAACAAAAUCAGAUACUGUGCUUCUUGUCUCAACUAUGGCUUCAUGUCACAUGACAGUCGAAAACUGAAUCGUGAAUGCUGUCCUAUUACACCAUCGCCUAUUUUAAAUGGUUAUCGCAACAAGGCAAGGUUCACCAUCGGAAAGGAUGCGAAUGGCAAAUGUCCCGUUAUCGGCGUCCGCUUGGGCAAGUACACUCAGGGCUCAACCAUAGUGGCAGAUGCUUCAUCGGCACCCCUUUUUUCGGAGACAACUCUUUCCGUCAUCAGAAGCUUUCAGGACUGCUUCGAUGCGAUCUAUCACAGAGACUCAGGGCGUAUGGCGUCCGGCGACAUUGACCAUGUGGUGUUGAAUCGUUUGUCGGAACGGUUUCGUGUUUACGACAUGGUCACGAAAUCUGGCAAUUGGUGUGCUGUCACUGUGCGGGAGUCAAGGCUUAACGAUAGACUGUUAGAUAUUGAAAUUCGUCGAGGUAACCUUACGGAGGAGGACUUGGUAGAUCUGGAGUCGGUCUUAAAGCAGUGGUUCCAGUCAGGCGGGCCUGGUGAAUCAGUCGGUGUAACCUCCGUGCACUUGACCGUGCUUACCGCUGUCUCCCGCCUUCCCGGGACUUUCACGGAGCGCUGUGUCUUCGGCAAGGGGAGUAUUACAGAGCUAUGUUGCGGCCUCCAAUUCACGAUUUCAAAGGAUGCAUUUUUUCAAGUAAAUACCCUAGCCACGGAGAAACUCUAUGAGGAGGUGAAGCAACGUUGCAAAUCAAUCUUGGCUGAAGGAAAUUCCAGUCGCGAAACCCUCCUGAUCGAUAUUUGCUGCGGUACCGGCACAAUUGGUUUGUGUUUAGCGGAUUGCUUCGACCAGGUCAUCGGAAUCGAGCUACUUCCAUCGGCUGUUGAGAGCGCCAAAAUAAAUGCGGAGAAAAACGGCAUUACAAACGCACAAUUUUAUGCCGGUAAGGCUGAAGUUGUUCUCAAAGAUCUAAUGCAACAACUUCCUAUGGACAAAGAAAUAGUCGCUGUUUUGGAUCCUCCACGUGCUGGUGUCCAUCUCGGGGUUAUUGAGUCUAUUCGUCGUUGUGAGCAAAUUAAGCAUCUGAUUUUCAUUGCUUGUGAUUUGGCAAGGGUCGUAUCCAACUUCGAAGCCCUCGCCCGUCCUCCUUCCAAAAAGUAUGCUGGGGCACCUUUUUUGCCAACACUUGCUAGUUGUGUCGACCUCUUUCCUCACACACCCGGCGUCGAGGUUGUUGUGUCGUUGAAGCGUUUCUCGCUUCUUGGUUGUGAUCACGACAACGAACAGCCCCUCAAAGCGACCUUUUGA